GGCGCGGCGCCGUUACCACGGGGACGCUUGGGGCGGCCGCCCUGCUGCGGCCCUCUCCGACCUGCCCGUCGUUAGCGGCGCCGCGCUCCACCUGAGGGCUCGGUAGGAGGGCUGCGGCCGUGCCUGGCAGUCCGUGUCGAUUUGCGUUGAAAGCCUCGAGAAAGGUCGUGCGUCUGGGAGGUCGCCUCAGCGAGUCCUACGCGGCCAGCUGCGUGCAGAGCGCAGUUUAUUCUGAAGGCUGUCGCUGGGUUUGCAUGGAUUUGGAAGUGAAAGGAGUUGCUGCAUCUUCUCAAAGGCAGGCUCAGUUGUUGUCGAGAGGGAAGAAAUGUAGUCAGGGGUGGAGACCAGAUACGUGCGCUGCUCGGGGUCCUCGCCCGCCAGAGGUGCCAUGCCUAGAUCUAGGGAGGCUGGGAGAUUCUGAUGAUGAGGAUGGGAACUCUUAUAUACCAUACAGUAGAAGUUUUCCUCACACGUGCUCUUUAAAUUCAUCUUUGAACUGGAGAACAUCAUUACAAAUGCCAUGUGGGCAGCAUGUAACAUCUCAACAGUUUAAACAGAUUUCUAAAACGUCUUGUCAGAUGAAAAAAGAGAGUUCUGUUCCAGAGCAGAAGACAAUACUGGAAAAUCUGUCAACCCCUGCAGACAAAUAUAAACUGGAGUACUGUCAGUAUGAAGCAGAUGUGAAGGGAGAUAAUAAGCAGUACUCUGAGAGAAUUGCAGAAAAGAAAAGAAGCUACCUCCAGUGUCCAGAAGCUUCAGAAAAGGGCACACAGUUUGAAGAUGGGCACAAUGAUGAUCUUACAGCUCUUGAUGAGAAAGCUCUCCUUCAGCAGAGCUACACAAGCAAGCCCUACAAUAUGCAACACAGUAUGAGGAAAUCAGAAGCUGAGGAUGUUGCUGCAGAGAGAAAGAAACAGGCUGUAGUAGAACAAGUGAUGCUGGAUCAGUUAUCCAGAGCUGUCAUAAGUGAUCCAGAACAAUCCACACGAGGUGAUGUUUCCAAAGAAGUUCAUGGACUUUUGGGACUUGGGACUGCACCCGUGCGUUUCAGAAAAAGAACGCUGCAUGAAACGAAAGUAAGGACCAAAUCAGGAUUAACUGAAAAUAUGCUCUCUAAGAAGCUACGCUUUGAUAGUAGGAUUAUAUCUAGAAAUGGUCGUGAUGCUUGUAGAGACUUGAUUGGAUUCUUCUUUGCAUGUGACAGAUCCCUUACUGUAUAUGAAUUCCGUCAGUUUGGAAAAAAUAGAACAAAUGCCUUGCCUUUCAUUCAGAAGGGAGUUUAUCAACAUCAGCGAGGACAAAAGAAGGGGAAAGCUUAUGAUCUUAGUGACUUCUACGUUGGAGCUAACCUGACUUUCCAAAGUGUCCAUCAUAAUCUUCCAAAAAGUGUUAAGCAGAAUCCAAUUCUCACCCUUCGUGUAAUAAGUAUUGAUGAAGGAGCUAUGGAUUUUCUAAAAGAUUCCGUUUUGGAAUUCAAGCAAGAAUAUUCUGAGCAAAUGAUCGAUGACAGCAGUGUUUUCAAGAAGAUUCAAGGUAUGCUCAGAGAGACAUUAAGUAAAAGAGGAGUUAGAGUUGUAACAGGCCUAGGAAAGUAUUUCCGACACAUGGACAAGAACAGAAAUGGUUUUCUUUCUCAGGCAGACUUUAAAGAAGCUCUAAAACUAUUCCAUUUGGAAGUGCCUGAACAGGACUUUGAAUCCUUAUGGCUUAUUCUGGAUGAUAGCAAGAGUGGUAAAGUUGACUAUGGAGAAUUUAUUCAUGCUAUAGCUGGAGAAAUGAAUGAAUAUCGGAAAGCAUUUGUAAGAAAAGCUUACAUGAAACUAGAUUUCAACAAAACUGGAAGUGUUCCGAUGGUAGAUAUCAGGAAAUGUUACUGUGCAAAGAAACAUCCUCUAGUGUUGGCAGGCAAAGCUACAGAAGAAGAAAUUAAAUCGUCCUUUCUAGAAACAUUAGGAGAAUCCUGCAGCAAUCCUGAAGAAGUGUCCUAUUCUGAGUUUGAAGAUUAUUAUGAAGGAUUAAGCAUUGGAAUCACGGAUGAUGAUGAUUUUGUUAACAUCUUAAGGAACCCUUGGGGAAUUUAGAGUGGAAGAAGGCAAAAAUGAGGAAGAGACCCCUUCUAAGCAAGGAGGGAACUAAAUAAGGGAGUAUUUGAUCAUGAUGUGCAUUGCUUAAUAAUAAGUGCUUUAUAUUGAUUUCAAGGACUGAAAAUUUUAGGUGCUUUCAGAAUCAUACAAGACAUGGUAAGUUUCUUAGAGUGCCUGUUGAGCAGAGCUGACCACUGUUUUAAUGUAAAUGCUGUUCAUGCAUUUUCACUGGCUGUUCCCCAUACCAGGAGGCAUCAUUUACUGGAUGUUAGAAUAAAGAGACCUAUUUUAAAAGUAAAUAGGAAUAGAAUACUAAAAUGUGUGUAUGAGUACAUGCAAGAAAAAAAUUUAGUUUUAAGAUUGUUGAAAGCUUUAGAUUUGACAGUGAAGGUACUGGUGAUAGCUUUUUUUCAGUUUUAUUUUAUAAAAAUAGUAUAAUUGUAAUUAAAACAUUAUUUACUUUACUAGUAUUUCUCCUUUACUGUGUUGGUGGUUAGCCUGAAAAAGAGCAGGCCAUCCUCAUGCAAUUUGGAGGAUGCCUGCAGUACUGAAAAUGCAGUGAAGUUCACACAAAUUAGUCUUCAAACCAGUAUCCAGAUCAUCUCUACUGAUCUUAUUUUUUCAUCUCAGUCAGGUAUCUGAAGCUGAAUGUUGAAUCCUGAAGGCUUAAUAAGCACAAGUAUAUUUUUCAAUGUACUUCUUCCUAUAUUUUGCUAAAUUAUUUUCAAAUCAAAUUUAUAUGUAAAUAUCCGACUUCUAUACUUUGAAUUGCUGUGACUUUUUUUAAAACUAAGCAAUGUCAGACUGAUAUGCAGAAUUUCAUGUCUAAUCUGAAAGUAUAGACCAGAAAAAUAUAUAUUAAACGAACACCGCUGCAACAAAAAUUAAAUUCUGAAUUCAAAUAGUUCUUACUACUACAAAUAUUCAGCCAGGUAUGCUUUUCCAUGUAAUACAUCCUUUUAAUUCUGUAAGGUUAAUUGUGUUAAGAAAUAAAAAAUUGUUAUUAAUAAAUUAUAUAUGUACAUAUUGAUACCUUUGGUUUCAAUAUGCCUUUCACCAAAAUUAAAUGGGUUGAAUUGCAUUUCUUAAGCUUAUACAAUUACAGUAUAUUAGUUUUCCCCAUGCCUGUCUGACCAGUUUUGAAUUUAUAGUUUGUGGUUCAAAGAACCUUCCUCUGAAACAGAAUUUGUGUUUCAUAGAAAUUUAAGGACAGUGCUAAAAUGAAUGCAAAAAUGAGGGGCUUCAGUCCCUCAUUUUCUUACUGGUUUAUUCUAGAUAUAGCUUUUUUGUGUUCUAAUUACCUGUGCUUUUGUUAUCUUCAGAAUAUCUGUAGCCUGUCCUCUCUUGUAAUUAGAAUUGCAGUUUCUGCUCUAAACCCUCAAAUGAAGGAUUUUUUUUUCAGUUCUUUUGAGUGCAGAUGUCUUUGGUUUGCAAAGCAAAACAAAAUUCUGUCAAUGCUUACUCUAAGAAGAAUUCUGAUGUGGCUCAUUACAAUCAUUCCCUAUUCCUGCUGAAAUUUCUCUUGCUGGUAAGGUUUUGUCAAUUAGUCAUGGAACUGGUGAUUCUGAGAUAGACAUAUUCAGCAGGUUUUGUAGGUUAAUGCAUCAGUUCAAAUAACUGAAAAAUAUCAAGUGGCAUUUUUAUCAGUCCUUCAAAAGAUCACAUGCCCUGAUAGACUUGUUAGCUUAGGAGAGCUGUACCAACCAUGAAGUUGUAACUCAAAUUAAUAAUUGUGCCAGCGAUUGGGAAAUGAUGGAUCAACGUACUUCUUUUUUGGCAAGGAAGCCUUCCUUGUGAUGCUUUUAGAAAGGAUAUUCCACAUUAUUCUAUGGAAUAGAAAAAAUCUUGACAACUGGAUGCUUCCUUAGAGUUCUGCUUAUCAGCAGAGGCUGCAUAGGUCAUAGGUGCUGCAAAUUAAGUGCUUUUUUAUGUUGUUCUUAGCACUAAAAUUAGGUGAAUGAUGUACAUGAAUGGUAUUUCUAUAACUUUGAUAGUAAUGCACUUUCUCCUUUGUCUGAAGACAGAACCUUAACAGGUUAAUCUACAAUAAACUGUAAAGGUCAGAAAUUGCGUAAAAAAAAAAAAAAAAGUGUGUACUUUGGUAAUUCUGAAAAACCUGCUAGGUAUAUCAUUUCUAUUAACUUCAAGGUCAGUUACACAUCAGUGGCUGCCUCUAAGCAUCAGCUAUGAUGUCUCUGGUGAAUUUUUAAUGGAGUUCACAGAAGUUCUUUUUUAAAAGUUGUUUUCCAUCUGCCUGCUGUUAUUCUGUCAGCUUCAGAAGGUGGCAAAGAAUUGACACAAACUUCUAUUCAAAUCUGGCGCACCAUGCUUACAGUUACUAGCAAAACCAGAAGGAUAGAAACUAUAUUCAAACCAAGGUCAGUGACAUCUGAUUCUUUUUGUUUUCUGUAUUGGAAACAAACAUGUAGCAAUGCAGGAGAUGGCAGUCUGUACUGUUCCUCUUUGGAAAUCAAAUAGCAAAGCAGGGCAGGGCAGCAAGGCGAUUCUGUAAACCCCAACAAGUUAUCUUUUUCUCUGAGUAUCUUAAUAAGCUUGCAUGUUUGUUUGAAGAUGCUUGAAAUCUGCUUGUAUGGUUGAAUCAUUCAGAAAUGAGUAUAACCAACUCUUGUGAUCUGUAUUUCUGUGUUCUGGGACUCAGAAAAGCUGUCAAAAGACAUUCUCAGUAACGGUGGUCUCAAUGCUCUGUUUAAUUGCAUUCUGAUUUGCUCUUAUUUACUUGUGAAUCAUUUGAUGAACCCAAAGCCUUUUCUUCGAUCAACGCUUCAUAACUUUACACCUCAGCAGAUACCUCCAGAAAGUUUUAAUGCCUUGAAAUGUGUUUUAACAAAACUCUUUUCUGUACUUGAUGCCUCAGUGUCUCAAGUUGCUUAUGUUUUCUGAAUUACAGCGUGUUUUUAGAUGUAGUGUUCUCAGUCACAAAAGCUGUCUGGCUUCUUUCCUGAAAAUUAAUGCUUAAUAAAAACUAGUGGUCUUAA